AUGCUGUCAAGACAGAAAUUUGACUUCGCGGACUUUCUGCGAAGGAAAAUCAAACCGCCCUUUCUUGUGAGCAUACGAGCGCAGUUGACAGCAUUGGUAUGCUUCGUUGCACUUUUCUCCUUGAUUAUUCUAGCGGUCAUUACAGGGGUUUACUUCACACAAACUUAUAAAUCUAUGAGAGCUGAGAGGCUUCAAGUGGCUUCUCAGCUUAAAUCUUCACAGAUCGAUCAGAACUUGAACUAUUUAUACUACCAAUGUUAUUGGAUGUCCACCCGAGACAUCUUACAAGACGCUCUAACACAAUACUUGGCUGGAAACACAAGUAUCGAAAACUGGUCAGAUGCCUCGGCGACUCUCGACAAGUUCUUGGGCUCAUCGGAUCUCUUCAGCGUCGCUAGAGUUUAUGAUUCGACUUUUCAAGACGUUUUGAAUGCUACUAAUAACGGAAGUGGCAAUUCCAUUCCCGGAAACAUCCUCACACAGCUUUUCCCUUUAUCGUCAAAUGACUCUCUGCCGUCCUCUUUAGAGGUUUCGGGCAUAUUGACCGACCCCGUGAUGAAUGGUAGUAGCGGUUAUCUAAUGUCAAUGUCACUACCAAUCUUCGCCAAUCCAUCCAUCAUUUUGUCAAGUUCCAACGUCUAUGGUUACUUGACUAUAGUAAUGUCUGCCGAAGGCCUGAAGUCUGUCUUCAACGAUACAACAGCGCUGGACAAGUCAUCCGUGGUCAUCGUUUCUACGGUUUAUCAAAAUCAAACUUUAGCCGGAUACCAUCUAGUUUUUCCUCCACAAGGAUUGGAUCCGGAUAUAGUCGAUGAGGUUUUUCCACUUGACAAUGACUCAUUUCUGAAUGGUGCUUUGAGGGAAGGUAAAAAUGGUUCAAUUAAAAGUACCAAGUUUUUGUACAGCAAAAACGUAGCCAUCGGGUACUCCCCGUGCUCCUUCAGUUUCGUGGCUUGGGCAGCUGUCAUUACCCAACCCGAAAGUGUAUUUCUUUCACCAUCCACUAAAUUGACCAAAAUUAUUGCCGGCACCGUUAUUGGCAUAGCUGUUGUUGUAUGCAUUGUUACAUUUCCGCUAUCUCAUUGGGCAGUACAGCCCAUUGUACGGUUGCAGAAAGCUACAGAAAUUAUAACCGCUGGCAGAGGUCUACGGUCAGACGGUAGUACUCUUUACAGUCACAAACGUGCGAGUACAGCAGAGUCUUUCAGCUCGCUCUUCCGAUCGGGGUCUGUAAGACGAUCAGGGUCUGUUGCAUGUUCUACUAGAAGUAAAUAUGCAUCCGAAGCUGUCGCUGAUAAACAGAAAACAAUCAAAGACUUUAGCACGGGUCAAGAAAAGCACCCCGACAACAAUGGUGAUACCCCAUUGCAAAAAUAUCCCUCCGCCCCCCCAGCAUCCAUGUUGAGUGAUUGUAGAUCCCCUAAAUCGGACCGAUUUAUCACUUCAUCCAACUUGAUAGAGUCCAGGGUUCCAGUUUAUAAUCGGCUUUUUUCCGAUGAACUGUCGGAACUGACAGAGACGUUUAACACAAUGACUGAUGAACUUGAUCGUCAUUACGCACUCUUGGAAGAUAGAGUACGGGCCCGAACGAGGCAGCUAGAGGCAGCGAAGAUUGAGGCUGAAGGUGCCAAUGAAGCCAAGACUGUAUUUAUCGCUAAUAUCUCACAUGAGCUUAGAACUCCACUUAACGGAAUAUUGGGCAUGACAGCGAUUGCCAUGGCUGAAGAAGAAAUGCCCAAGGUAAAAAGUAGUUUAAAGCUUAUUUUCCGUUCCGGAGAACUGCUGCUGCAUAUUAUGACGGAACUUUUAACAUUCUCCAAAAAUGUAUUGAAAAGAACGAAGCUAGAGGAAAGAGACUUCACAGUUCAUGAUCUUGCCUUACAAGUUGAGUCCAUAUUCGGUAAAUUGGCGAAAGACCAGCAUGUUAGACUGACAAUUUCGAUACUUCCCAACCUGUUGAGAACAAUGGUACUUUGGGGUGAUUCCAAUCGCAUUGUGCAGAUUGUGAUGAAUCUUGUGUCAAACGCACUAAAGUUUACACCGAUAGACGGCAAAGUUGACGUCAAUUUUACGUUGUUGGGUGAAUACGACGAGGAGAGAAGCGAGGCCGAUAAUUACGAAGAGCCAUACAUUUUUCCAAUUGUACACGAACCUGCAGUGGAAGCUGCUCAACUCGAUCAUGAAAUUGAAGAGACAGCUGCGGUUCCUGAUACAAGUAACAGUUCACCGCUAUCUCCCUUUUCUCAGGGAACCUUAAGUGAUGAAAAUGGCCAGGACAAAUUCAGAAAAGAUAGCGGAACCGACGACACCGACGAUUUGAACGACGAAUCGAAAUCCAUAGACAGUGAGAGUAGCGGUUCGUAUGACGAUGCUCGCUUGCACUCACAACUUCGCAAGCAUACGACAGUCAGUGGCGAAAGUGAGAUCAAAGAUGCCCACGAAUUGGAAACGCCCAAAAAAUGGGUGAUAUCAAUGGAGGUAAGGGAUACAGGUCCAGGUAUCGAACCUGCUCUACAAGAAAGUGUUUUUGAACCGUUUGUACAAGGCGAUCAAACGCUGUCGAGACAAUAUGGUGGUACAGGUCUAGGGCUAUCUAUUUGCAGACAAUUAGCCACUAUGAUGCGCGGUACAAUGAAAUUAGAAUCGAAAGUUGGUGUUGGGAGUAAAUUUACGUUUAAGGUUCCAUUGACGCAAACGAAAGAGAUCAACUUUGAUGAUGAGGAACAUCCGUUUGAAGACGAGUUCAACCCCAGGAGCAAGAAAAAUAGGAAAGUUAAGUUCAGUGUUGAAAAGUCCAGCAGUUCAGAAAAACCACAUUCGGCGCCAUCCACAAAUGAUAGUUCUGCUGGAACUCCGAAUGUAUCAGAGAGUGAGGUCAGCGUUGGAAGUGUACGCGUUGAUAGACCCUUUUUACAGAGUACGGGAACUGCGCUUUCUUCAAACAACGUUAGAGUGGCCUCCAUGACAACUAAGUGCAAAAUCCUGGUCGCAGAAGAUAAUAAUGUCAAUCAAGAGGUAAUCAGGCGGAUGCUAAAUUUGGAAGGGCUCAACGAUGUAGACUUAGCAUGUGAUGGUCAAGAUGCAUUCGAAAAAGUCCAAUCACUGAAUGCAGCUGGCGGACAUUACGAUUUGAUAUUCAUGGACGUCCAGAUGCCGCGAGUGGACGGGCUAACGGCCACGAGAAGAAUACGCGGCGACUUGCAGUAUACACAUCCUAUCGUGGCAUUGACCGCAUAUGCUGAUGACAAUAAUAUAAAAGAGUGUUUGGACGCGGGUAUGAAUGGGUUCUUAGCCAAACCCAUCAAGAGACCUAAGAUCAAGACGAUCCUGAUGGAAUACUGUCCGCAGUAUAAUUCGGAGGAUUGA